ACAUGGAUGAGGCUAUUUAAAUACACGAAGAAAAGAAACGACUGCAAUCCAGCAUUAAAUAAUUUGAGUUUACACCGCCUGACCGUGGGCGGCGGUAAUGCAGCUGAGGAGCUGGUUUCUAACGCGCUAUUGUGUUCACAACGAAGACGAAGAAAGAGGACAAGAAGAAGAAGAAGAAGAGUGACUGGUGUUUGUUUAUAAUCUGUUAGUUACCAACUGACGGGAUCGCUGGCACUAAAUGUCAGGAUUGUGUGUAAGGAAUGGAUGGAUGGAUGGAUCACCCCUUGGAAACGCUCCAUAUCAACAAUGGUCAUGAUGCCGAUGAUGUCGCUUCCUGGGUGUCGGUGUGUCCCAGAGGCCUCUGGAAAGUCCAGAAAAAGCGAACAGGCGAGGGGAGUCAACAGACUGUUUCUGGAGACGAUGCACCAUGUUCAUCCAGUUACUUUCCAAGGUUGGGUUCACUGUGUCGAGUCCGAGUGCAACUCAAAGCUGACGUGGAUGAGGCAAAGAGUUUAGAAUCUGAAAAGGAAAAUGAAAAUCUGUCAAUUACUGAGGUCAUCGAGGAAGUGACUACAGCCUUCCCAAGGUGUCAGGACACUGUGCUGCAGGUCCCACUGGGUGACUGGACAACACUGAGGCUAGGAGAGGGUCAGUGUGAUAUCACAGAAGCUUGUGUGGAGAGGAUGAAAGCAGGAGAGAAAUGUGAGAUUCUGAUUUCUCUAGUCGGAAAUGGUCCCGAUGUCUCAGUUCCCCAUCCUGCUGAGGACAACCUGCCUUUAUUCGCCACAGUUGAACUCAAAUCUUUCACACCAGGAAAGGAAUCCUGGGAGAUGUGUCCUGGUGAAAAGUGGGAGUGGGUGAAGUCACACAAAGAAAGAGGCGGAGUGAGAUUCAGGAGUGGGGAUGUGUGGGGAGCAGCAGACAGCUAUAGUCGAGCUCUCAAACUUCUCAUCACUCUCUGUGGCCACAUGAGAGAUGUGACGAAAAAAGGACUAGAGCAAGAAGACACAAACAGUGGUGAUAAAACGCAGCAGCUUCCUUCGGCUAAUGAAUUCAAAACCACCAAAGCAGAGCUCCACUCAAACCUGUCCUUGUGCCAGCUCAAACUCAACCAACCAGAGCGAGCUAAGGCCAGCGCUGCUAAAGCUACUGAGCUGGAACCAGCUGGAGCUAAAGCCUGGUACCGGCUGGGCCAAGCCUGCCAGAUGGUGAAUGAGCUGGAAGAGGCCAGACGGGCAUUUAAGAAACUGCUGGAGAUACAACCCGAAUCACCUGCUGCUCUGAAGGCACUGAAAAACAUAGCAAGCAGAGAGAAAGAGACAAACGCUCAGUUGGGACUCAGACUCAGCAAAAUGUUCAGCUGAAUGUAAAUUACUAUCAAUUUAUUAUCAUAUUGUCUGUAUGAUAACGGUAUGUUUACACUCAUGUUUCACCAUUAAAUGGAAGUGCAUCUACAAGUAAAAGCUCAAAUGUAAAGCUGUGAAUGCAUGUUUUACUCUGGACUCUAUGCUGCUUGUGUGUAAGAUUCCUGAAUGUAACUUAAACAUGACAAAAACCUU